CAACAUUGCAAUUAAAUAGCCCCUUAACCCAAGUAAGCCCCAUGAGCCAAAGUGAGCUGUAUGGGCCAGCCAUGGGUUUUUAAUUGCAGUUUAGACAUACCCAGAGAGACAAGGUGGAUGAGGUAAUAUCUUUUAUUGGACCAUCUUUUAUUGGUGAGGGAGACAAACGUUUGAGGUUACCCAGAGCUCUUUAGGUUUGACAAAGUAUUCUCAAAUAUGCAGAAUAAACAAGGUGGAAAAAAAAGAAAUCUUUUUGUUAAUUUCUGAGUUAUAGUACUCAUAGGUCAAGUACAGACGGUACAAAACUUUCAGACAAAUGUGAGUUUUUUUCCAAAUAGAUAGUGACUCUGUAAAGAUAAAAGGAAGAGACUACUGAGGAUGCCCCAAAAGUUAAUGUUACAAACUAACUUUACACAAGCCUCAAGUUAAAAUGCUGCAUAAGUUUUAGGUUCAGAAAUUUAUUACAAACCAAAGUCUGUCUUAGGGCAUGGCUACACUUGGGAGUUAGAUCGCAUUAAAGCAGCCCAGUACGCUCUAAUUCACAAUGCGUCCAUGCUGGCAAAGCACGUAGAGCGCUCUAACUCUGCAGCUAAAGCGCUCCUGGUACUCCACCUCAGUGAGUGGAAUAACAUUUGAUGCGCCCCCGCUGGAGCGCUGCGGCGCCAGUGUGGACGUCCUGGCCUGUUAGUGCACUCUGAUCGGCCUCCAGAAGUGUGCCACAAUGCCUGUUCCAGCCACUCUGAUCAUCACUUUGAACUCUACUGCCCUGCCCUCAGGUGACCAACCAUCAGACCCGCCCUUUAAAUUCUCUGGGAAUUUUGAAAAUCCCCUCCCUGUUUGCUCAGCCAGGCGUGGAGUGCUCUCAGCGAAUCUUUCCAGGUGACCAUGCCUCCAAGCUCCGGGCAGUCCCCAGUAUGGAGCAGUGGCAAGGUGCUGGACCUCAUCAGUGUUUGGGGGGAGGAAGCUGUCCAGUCCCAGCUACGCUCCAGCCGUAGGAAUUACGAUACCUUCGGGCAGAUCUCAAGGGACAUGAUGGAAAGGAACCAUGACUGUGAUGCUCUGCAGUGCAGCAUUAAAGUGAAGGAGAUGCAGAAUGCCUACUACAAAGCCCACGAGGCAAACAACUGCUCCGGUGCUGCCCUUGCGACCUACUGUUUCUACAAAGAGCUGGACGCGAUACUUGGGAGCGACCCUACCUCCACUCCGAGUACCACCAUGGACACCUCAGAGCCGAGUGCAACAGGGCAGGAGGAGGAGCAGCAAAGUGGGAGCGAGGGUACUGAGGAGGAGGAAGAUACCCCAGUAUCCCUAGAAGCAUGCAUCCAGGAGCUGUUCUCAAGCCAGGAGGAAGGUAGCCAGUCGCGGUGGUCGGUGCUUGGGGAAGGGCAAACAUCAGAGGAGGUUCCUGAUGCAACCUUGAGAUCUCAGCUGUCCGUGUUAUCACUGGCCGAGAGGCUGCAAAGAAUCAGGAAGAGGCCACGUAGAAGCAAAGAGGACAUGCUGCAUAAAGUCAUGCAGCACUCCCUUAAUGAAAAUCAAAAAGUUCAGGAGUGGUUGGAGAGUGUAAGGAGGGUCCGCCAGCAGAAUGUGGAUCGCCAGCACAAAGCACAGAGCUGCUGAUAAGCAUCAUGGAGCGCCAAGCAGACUCGAUCCAGCUUGUUUAAUCACACUACUUUCACACGAAACACAGCCAUAACAACAGGGACAUUUUAAAAAUAGCUUGUGACUUUGAGGAAGAGCAACAUGUGAAACGUACAUCAUUGUGGCAGCAUAAAUUCUGCUAGUGUGAGUACAGAAGCUAAAAGUGAGCUUUAAAGUAUUGACAAUAUAACUUAAAUGUGAAAUUUCACUAUUUAAUUCGUGAUCAAACUUCAGUCACUUUGGGAGAGAAUUUGGGAUGGAAAUUGGUAGGUAUGAAUCUCUCUCUCUCUUUUAUUCCAUUGCUAUCCCUCUUUCUUUGCCCUUUUCCCAUUGAAAUAUUUGUUAUAACUAGGGCUGUCAAUUAAUCUCAGUCAAUGCCUGCGAUUAACUGAGAACAAAAUUAACGCGUUAAUAGCAUACAUCUGGUCGGAGGGAGGCAUGGGCUGCAGAGGGACUUGUCAGUGUCCAGUCAGAUGCAGUAACCCAGUCUGCCUCCGGAGGGUGGGAAGAGGAGAGAAAAGAAGAGAAAGUGGCUCCCAUUCCGGCACCGGCAGAGAGGUAGGGAUCUUGAACCCACCAUUGCCUCCAAUUGGGCCCUUACUCUGGGGACUGACCCCUUCUUCCUGUGCCAUGCCCCAAGACUCCACUAAAGGAGGAACAAGAAGUAGGACUGAGUGAACUUGUAGACUCUAAAAUUUGACAUUGUUUUAUUUUUCAGUGCACUUAGAUGUGGGGAAAAAAAAUCUACUUUUCUAAGUUCAUGAUAAAGAGAUUGCACUACAGAAUUUAUAUGAGGUGAAUUGAAAUACUGUUUCUUUUUG